GCCAAGCAGCAACCUGUGCUGGGAGCAACAUGGAGCAGCGCUGCACCAGCCACCCUUUUGAUCCGAGGCCGGACGAGGAGCCACUUUCAUUGCCUGUGUCCGCCAGAGGGCCCUGCCAGGGCUGAGGGAAGGAGGUGGCUCUCUCCCCCUCCCUGACUUUUUGCUCAGCAAAGGGGAGGCAGAACUUCCUGGGUCAAACGCUGCUGUUGUUGCUGCUGCCUCCAUUGUGAGCAGCUGCUGCUCCCACAGUGGGCAGAGACUUGCAUUGCAGCCCGGUCCUCCAGUGGCAGGAUCCACCCGGGCUCUGCCAGCACCAACUCCUGAGCCGGGGACUCCAGCUGAAGCUGACUGUGACACUGACAGUCUGUGCCAGUGACACAAGGUCCAUCUACCAAGCCUUCCUCCGUUUCCCUGACAUACGGGAUGACAGUGGAGGCAGCGCCGGUCUGACCCAGUCUGGCAGUUCCUAUAUGCACAUGCAGGUUCGACAGUGCCAGGUGGCAGAAUAAAAUCCAUGUUUCACCCCAGAUGGUCCCAGCCUCCCAAAGAAUGGAGAGAGGGUGUAGCUGCGGUGGAGCUGGUGACCUUUGACAAGGUGGCUGCAUGUUUCCCUAAAGGGCAGUGAUCUCUGCUGGACCCCCAUCAAAGAGCCCUCUGUGGGAACAAGAUGCAGGAGAACCAUAAGACUAUGGCCUCGCUGGGUGAUGGGAGGGAGAACAAGGAGAUUACUCAGCAAGAAGGACCUGAGCAAGUGGAACUACGCAGGGCAGAAGUGAGAGUUGCUGAAAGGGAUGCUUCCCAGGCAGUGGGGUCGGAAGGGGCCCCUGAAAAUCAGUGCAAGCCCAAGAGACUGGAAGGAAACUGCGUAGGGGAGAGACAGGGAAAAUGCACUCAGAAGAGCAAAGGGCUCAGGAAGCUGAAUGGCCCUGUCCAGGGGAGAGUCCCCGGUGGAGAUGGGCCCACCAUAUGCAGUGACUGUGGGAGGAGCUUCUAUUGCCAGUCCGCGCUGGUGACUCACCAGCGCAUCCACACUGGGGAAAAGCCCUACCAGUGCCUGGACUGUGAGAAAAGUUUCCGCCGGAGCUCACACCUCAUCUCGCACCAACGCACACACACACGAGAGAGACCCUACCGCUGCCCCGACUGUGGGAAGAGCUUCAACCAGAAAUCCAACCUCCUCAUCCACCAGCGCAUCCACACAGGAGAGCGGCCCUACCAGUGUCCUGAGUGUGGAAAGAGCUUCAGCUACAGGUCAGUCCUGAUCAUACACCAGAAAACCCACACGGGCGAGAAGCCCUACAAGUGUCCUGACUGCGGGAAGAUCUUCAGCCAGAGCUCAGACCUCACCAAGCACCAGCGCGUCCACACGGGCGAGAAGCCGUAUGCCUGCACCGAGUGCGGGAAGAACUUCAGCCUGAACUCACACCUCCUCUCGCACCAGCGCACCCACGGAGGGGAGAAACCCUACACCUGCCCCGACUGUGGCAAAAGCUUCAACGACAGCUCCAACCUCAUCACCCACCAGCGCAUCCACACGGGGGAGAAGCCCUAUAAGUGUCCUGACUGUGGGAAGAGCUUUGGGAGGCUCUCACACCUUCACAGGCACCAGAGGACUCACACAGGGGAGAAACCCUACACGUGCCUGGACUGUGGGAAGAGCUUCAGCGAGAGCUCAUCCCUGAUUAGGCACCAGAGAGUCCAUAUCUGAAGUGGGGGGAAUGUCAGGGGGAGUCCCUGAAGGAUGAGGGCACACAACAGGUCCUCUCCAGAGCAUUCUCAAAUGACUUCCUAGGGCUAGGAACAGACAUUGCAUUUGUCCCAGCACAAGGUGUGCCUGUGCUUGUCCUAGAGCAGAAAUAUCCAGGGAUUGACAAGAACACACAUUACCCUUCCAAUCAGGGUUCAAUGAGCAGUUGAAUGCAUUGUCACUCUUCUGCCAUUGAUGCACAGGCUAACUGUUCAGACACAUUUUGUGAUGUCCUAAGACAAACUGUUAGCACUUCUUACUCCAUGAACCUUUUUAGGACAGCGGACAUGGAUUUCUGACUAUUGUGCCUCCAGAUUCAGGUCUCAUAAACAGGAAGAGAGAUUUUUCCAUGGUGCUGCAAGGCCUAGUUGAUCCCCAUGGAGAAGAUUUCCCCCUGUUAAAAUGUGCGUGUGCAUGGGAGGGGGAGUCUGGAAAAGUCCCUGAUGCCAGGAGUUUUAGAAAUGCAGCCCUGUUUCCUGCAAUGAGAACGGGACCUUUUUACAGCAUAGACUGAUUUUUCCUACCAUUCUGGAAACUGAAAAAGGCCUGGGAGACCCUUGGAUGCGUGGCAGUGGAGCCAAGGGAAGUGACAUUGGUCAACAUAACUCUGGAGAAGUAAAGGAGCCACUGAUAAACAGGCAAAACCAUGUCUGAGGCAGUGCACUGUGGGAUAGCAGUGGGAAGUCUGCCAGAGCUGUAUAAUUAAUCUAAAAUAGUGAUGCACCCACAUGAACCUCAUUCUGCCAUAAUGCCUUCCAAAAUAGACAAUAGAGACAUGAUGCUUCACGGUGGAUUAGUUAGACUAGGAUAAAAUGCCAGAUUACUUUAAAAUAACUGAGUAUGAACGCAAGGCAGUUUAUGUCAUAAGAACAAAAGCUGUACCUGAAAACCUUUCUUAUUUAUUCAAGGCCUUUGUGACUGAAAGGCAAUAAGAAAAAAAAGAACAUUUUAAAAAGGAGAUCUCAUUAAAAAAAAAAAAAAAAAAGAUGAAAGGGAUCCUCCCCUAUUCUCCCAUACCUCAUGAACUUUCAUCAGCUCUUAUAGUCUACAAUUUUGAUAGAAGUGAGUUAAAUCACUGUAAUUUUGCCUGUGAAUGAAGCAGGGUUAAAGUUAGAGAAGCUCUGCUGCACUUACAUCACUAUAUCAUACAGAGGUAGCAGUUUCAUUGUAACAGCUUGUAUCACUACCCUUUGAUAAUAAAUGAAAUAGUUAUGUUUCCCUAUACCCUGAGCUGAGAGAGAUAGUUAGUCUGAAGUCAGUCAGAAGGCGGGGGAGAUAUGAACGUUUAUAGACUAAGUAAAUAAGGCAGAUAUGUAGAGCACAAGCUUUCAUGAACCCAGGUUCAGCCCAUCAGAUGCUGUGAAAGGAGGUGCAGAAAACAGGGUGAGAGAGAGGCACUGGAAUACAAAAGAAAAGGGAGGGGGCAGAGAGAGAGAAAGAGGAGGGAGAGAGUGGGAGGCAGUGCUAGGAAAGAAAAGCAAACAGGCAGUGAAUUCAUAGGAACAAAGCGGGCCAUAAAAGCUAAUCCAGGUAAUGGAAUAAGAAUCCAUAGUGCCUGUUUAAACCAUAUUUAAUGCAACCCAGUUUGUGGAUGAUUUCUUGGUCUGCACUUUCCUGUUCAAACUGGUUUUUAAAGUGUGGGUUUUUUUGCCUGAGAACAGCAAUCCUGUGGUCAGCGAUGGGGUUUCCAGGGAGGUUGAAAUGUUCUGACACAGGUUUUCGUGUCUUUCUUCAGCUGAUGUCAGAUUGUGGUUCAUUCAUUCUUACACAUAGAGAUCUCCCCACCUGUCCCAUGCAAACUGCAUGAGUCUCAGCACAAACAGCAAUGCUUGUAGCACAGUCUAGUUGUUUGGUGUUGAUUUUAAUCAGUAAAUAUGUCUGAGUAAAAGCCACAACCAAUUCUAAAGACAAGGAACUCACGUAUAUCAGCCAAUGAGAAAACAUGGGCAGUCCGCAUUAUGUAUUUGCAUAGGUCUUUAAAGACACAUCUGUUUUGAUGUUUAGAUGUUAUCAUACAUUUGGCUGAAAAAAGAAAAUUUCCUAGAUGCAA